AUGUUGCGAGGGGUGGAUUCUGCAGAGGAAGAAGACAGGAGAGCCAUAUCAUUGGCAGGUGGACCUCAGGUAGUGCCAGUCACCGCACACGAACUCAGCUACGCGUCAGGAUUCUUCCUGUCCUCGUCCGGCCAGCGCAUCCGGGCCAGACGAAACAACCGGUCAUCCAGAGAUGAGAGCCCCAACACGACCUCAGACAACCACCGUAUCGAAGAAGAUCUCCGCGUGGGCGUCCCAUCGUUGUUUGAACCAGACUAUUACCGCAAUUUGAUCAGUCCAGACCAUCCUCUCCAUACAAGGAACCUCGACUUGGCACUAAAGGCUUUGGAAAUCUGCAAAGAGAAUGACCUGGGGAUGAUCGACAAUGUACUCUUUUGGAAGCAGCGCGGUUUAUUCGAACAAGACAAGCCGAGCGUACCAACCGUGAAGAUCACAGUGAAAAGGAAGCCCAACGACCCCGGCUGGGCUGCACGAGCGACGCGGGCGGCCUGGGCAGUGUACCACUACCUCCCAGAAUUAGAAGGAUCCGCCACCAAUGAGUAUAACGUCGCGGUCGAGAUAUGUGAUAUCUUGUUCUGCGCAAAGAACCGCCUCCGGAUGCAGUCGUGCACUGUAGAGGACGCCAUCUUUCCGCAGUGGGAGGCUGUGUUAGAAGCAAUUCUCCGGACGAUCCUUCUGACGGGAGUCCUUCAUAUUAGCUGCUGUCGCGCUGGGGCGACGUCCUCGAUUUCGGGCUCUGCACCCACUGUCUUGCUGGGGGUGGAUCCGACGGCAUCCGUGGAUUGGAAAGACUCGGCAAGCCGACCACCUCUGGACCUGCAUGGCCUUCCUAAGUCCCUUACACACGGCUUCAAAGAGGAUAAACCCUGUGAGAUGGGGGAUAGUCUAGCCUCAGGCCACUCACCCGAAGCGCAGGGGACCCUGGGCUGCUGGGUGGAGCUCCAGGAUCCGGAUACAGAUGAGUGGAUGCCGUACGCGCUGACAUCCGCGCGCUGUGUCCUGCCUACCGAUGCACAUGUCGAGUCCUGUGCUCAGAAGGGAGAGAACACCCCGGCUUUUGACGAGUGGAAGACAUAUGGCGUACCGUUCCGAGACGCCACAGCGGCUAGACUCCUCCUGGUUGAUAGCCCAGGCUUGUAUGAAAUCACAAUGAACAUGGACAACCUCGAUGAUCUCGCACGAGAUUAUGAGGAUGAAAUGCGCUGCGAACGUUUUCAAGCCGCGCAAGCGCAGAACGAGCCUGUGUCCGCCCCUGGGGAUCUAAAGCUCUGGACAUAUCUAAACAACACCCUUACUAAGAUUAGAGCAGAACGCGCCCAAAUCCGGAAGUAUCAAGAUAACAAGAACUACGAGUUCGGCACUGUGGUCGCCGCGUCCGGCCUGAAAGCACGACAACAGGAGCCCUCCUCCUCAGAAGUCAGUUCACCGUCGGUCUUCCUAGACUGGGCCCUUGUCGGCAUGCGCGCAGACCGACGUCUGGGCGAGAACAAGUCCCCAUGUUCCUCGGAGGACUUUCUGGACCCAGUAUCCGAAGUUGUGGGAGUUUGGUAUUUGGAGAAGCGGCUCCAACCCGGGCAAUCUCUAUGGACGAUAGGGCAUUCCACGGCCAAAACGGAAGGGAGAUACAACGGACUGCGCACAGCGUGGAUCACCCAUACUACUGCCAGUAACUCGGAAGCAAGAGGAGAGCCAUUGGCUCAUUAUGUACAUUCUAUGUACAACUCGUACAACUCGUACAACGGUGUGAUGCUUUGGGGGGACUCAGGAUCGAUGGUGUUCGACCGGGACGGGUAUGUGGUUGGAAUGUGUUUUGAGGGCAAUGCGCAUGGGGACACAGCCUACUUCAUGCGGUGGGAGGAUCUGUGGGAAGAUAUUCUGCUAAAAUCCGGGGCCAAGGAUAUUCGGUUUCUGGGAGAUGAAUAUUCCUAUCGGGGCAUCCCGUUGGAGAUGGAGUGGCUUUCCUUGCGAAUGAUUUCUCGUGUGUCGGAAUGAAAAGCAG